GUUGGCACGUGAGAUGUAGAAGUAGAAGAAGGAAGUAACCAAAAAGCCGUCAACGUAAAUCCCUCUGCCUAUAUAAACACACUAAAAGCCCACUCUCACCCCUCCUUCACCUUUUCGCUUUCAGUACACUUGGCCCCCUCUCUCUCUCGAUUCCGAUCAAACCCUAGAUAGGACCCCGCACAUUUGCUCUCAGGAGGGCUUGGGGACCAAAUCGGAGCUCCAAACUUCGCUCUCACUCUCUCUAAUUUCAGGUUAUAGCUAUUACCAUGGAUCCUGCUGCUGCGCAAGUACCUGCUACUGUUGUUGACCCACCCGUUGUUGGGAGAGCAUUUGUGAUGCAGUACUACGAGAUUCUGCAUAAGCAUCCUCAGCACCUGCACCGCUUCUAUCAUGAGAUCAGUAAGGUUGGGCGUGUGGGACAGGACGGUGUCAUGCGUGACUUUUACACCUUGGAAGGUAUACGUGAGGAGCUUGACACACUCUCUUUUGGAGAUUUCGAAUCCGCUAAGAUAACCAGUUAUCAUACCCAAGAGUCUCACAGUGGGGGUUUUAUCGUUUUGGUCACUGGCUGGUUCACUCUAAAAGAUGCGCCUAAAAGGAAAUUCACACAGACCUUUUUUCUUGCUCCCCAAGAAAAUGGGUACUAUGUUCUGAAUGACAUCCUCAGAUUUGACAAUGGGCCCGAGGCCCUUGAUGGGGAUGGCUCUCUAACACCCUUUCCUGUUACUGGAGGCAUUCAGGGCUCUGAGCAAGCUGCAUUAGCUUCGGUGGAUUCUGUUUGUAAGGAAGUAUCCAAGGACAAUGCUUCAGUUGCUAAGGAGAGUAUUCUGGUAUCUGAUUCCGUCAAUGAUGAAGCUCCUCCGGAUAUUGAGAAAGCUUACAACAAAAUUAGAGGUGAUUCCAUGAAAAUUUCAGACCCAGAAAAUGUUUCGAAGAAAUCUUACGCCUCUGUGGUUGCAAAGGAUAAAUCUGGAGUUUCAGCUGGCUCUUCACCGUCUCCAAAGCAGAUACCCAAAGACCAGGAACUUCAAGUGAUUUCAGAUGUUUCUGCAGAGCAGAAAGUCAAAGAUCAAUGCCAUCAAGUGUCUUCAGAUCUUUCUCCAGUCGAAAAAUCUGAUGCAGUUUUUGAGGCUGUUGACGAUACUGAAUAUGGGUACAAUCAGGGGUUUGAAGCAGUAGCUGAGGGCACAUCUAUCUAUGUGAAACAUCUUCCUGGAAAUGCCACCAUUGACAUGCUUGAGACUGAAUUCAAGAAAUUUGGAGCUAUUGGGAAUGGUGGCGUUCAAGUUAUAAGCCAAAAGGGCUUUGGUUAUCCUUUCGGGUUUGUUGAGUUCAAAGAUGCAGAUGCCGCCCAGAAAGCAAUAGAGGCUUCACCUCUGAUGAUCGGUGGACAGAAAGCUUUCGUGGAAGAGAAGCGAUCUACAGCAAGAGGUAACUGGGGAAGGGGAUAUGGAAAUGAAUACGGAAACAGAAAUGUGAUAGGAGAUGGGGGAAACGGAUAUGGAAUAAGGAAUGAGGGAGGAAGGGGAGGAGGAGGAGGACGUUAUGGACAUGGGAACAAUUACAAUAGGGGAAGAAGAGGAGGAGGAGGAGGAGGAAGGUAUUUUAAUCGCAGAGGCGGCUAUGAAUACGUCGUCGCCAGCAACAACUCAUACUAAACCGGAUUGGGCUUUUGUGGAGGGGGUAACCGGAUGAUCUAAUAAUGAUAACCGAUUUUUGCAACGGAGACUAUAUACGUCUCUCGUUGGCCUGAUAGUUGUUUCUCUCAGGUACUAUAAUAUUAGGAGGCAAAAGAAAAAUUAAACAAUGAUUUGUCAGGAGGGUAUUAGUGUAAGAAAAAGUUUAUAAUUCGACCAUCUA